AAGUGACGGCGUGACGAGUUUAAAGAACGGUCAAGAACGUACAGCUUAGCCUUAGGAAAGUGUUGCAAAGUUUUCUGAUUAGUCGAUUCUAGUGGGAAACUCCAAUUUUUAAGGAAGAUUUGCAAAUUUUCCCCCAAUAUGGUAGAUAGCCAACGAGGCACGUAGCUCCGAGUUGGUUAUAAUCAUGUCACAUCCAACAAGCCCGAGUGGAAUAACUGUUUUAUUUAAAAAGCCCCCGAAAUAUAUAAAAGUAAACUAAAAUACAAACACCCCCAAAAAAUGACCCGUACGCUUAUCAUAUUUGUAGAGCAUUGUAUAAUAGUUCAUAUACCAUGGUGACUAAGCCAGUGAAAACUCUUGAAUUGCAUUAUCCAAUGAUCCAGUUUUUAAAAAUAUCGUAUGGUCGAUAUCUCUCUGUUUGCCGCCCGCGUUAACUUAUCAAUCAGACAACACCUGUCAUUCUGUUAACUCGACAAAACACCUGUUCUACCUUCAGAUCGUUUUGAAUUUAAAAACGUUACAGACGAUAGCUUCAACUUCACACUUGACGGCAAAUCAACAUUGGUUUUGACGCUUUUCAGACAGCUCUCAUUCUGGAUCAAGACAUUCUAAAAAACAAUGGCAAGUCUGGUGCUCUGAAAUUUUUUCACUGGUAACUUGUGUACAAGGUUAAACGAAGCGAUUGUUAAGGCCUCAAGCAAACAAGCUGUCAAGUACAGUACAAUAUACUGGAGGAAAUAGCUUCAAGUUUAAAUCAGUGGAGAUCUUUUCGCCUUCAAAAGUAGAGGCUUUUACAUCAAACGAGAAGAGAGCUUUAAUUGAUAGAACAGUAACAAUCGAGAGCUAAUAUCUAUAUAUUAGUUUCAUUUCAAAGGAAGAAAGUCAUGACAGCGCCAAUGAUAUUUUAUUUUUUAAGUAAACAAAACGAAAGAAGCUGGGAAAUAUGUUAAACACACAAAUCACUUCGUAUCUAGGAGCUGGACGACAAGGAGCAAGUUCCGAGAGAGCUAAAGAGACAAAGGAAGAAUCAUUCCUGGGAAAAUCAGGAAAAAUUGCAAAGUUUUCUCACAGUAAUCGAUGUACGCAAUCUCGUGUUUGGAUUGAAUUUAAGAAGGCUGGUGUAUUUUGUAGUUCCACAGAUAGUUCUUGCCCGGAAAUAUGGAGUCCUUCGGACGAAGAAAAGCGAGAGAAAAGCGACAUUUCCGCUAAUCCUCACAGCGAAGAAGCGCGAGGACACUUUAAGUCGAAAUUUAACAAUCGCACGCCGUUAUCUUUGCACCCUCCCGUUCCUAUGGUAACAGAUAACUCGGGUUUAUUUCCUAACACUGAGGAUGUGAACCCUGAGGAAACAAAGCGAAUUGUGAGAAAUUUAGAAAAAAUUCGCGUCGAAAGAAACAAGACAGGCAUAGAAAAAUAUGUUUUUCAACGAGACGGUAAUGAAACCAAGGGCGAGAAAACUAUUAAAUUGGCACGCGAGAAAAACACGCUUCCAGAAGUCAUUAUCAAGCAUCGGUUACAUGAAAGGGAAAAGCAGCAUUUUCUGCCAAGACUGAAUGACAAAGUUUGGUCCGCUCCGCCGUCUUCGAUGGAUAGACCAAUCGUUUUUGAUAAAACAAUUCCAUUAGGUAAUCAAGAUUCGAGGGACCCAUUUACAACCAAAAGAAGCGUACUUGCGUGGAGCGCAUGCGUAGUUCCCGCUACGCUAGUUGAUUUUCCAGCUCGCAAGAGAUCGCCUUUGAUGACGUCAUUGAAGAGGCCUCGAAAACGAGUCCAAAACAACAUGGCGAACUCAUUAAGAGGUACUGGUAAGCCGGCUGCCUACACAGAGCAGAGAGCUCAAGUAUUGCCCCAGACAUCAGCAAGGAAGUCGUUAUCUAGACUCCUUUAUCCAUCACAUCAUGGCUACUGAAGGAAAAGUUUGGGAAAAAACAGAACUCAGUACGAAUAGAAAUAUAAACUGAGAAUUUCUUAGAGACAAGAAUACAAAGAAAAUGAGAAAAAUGUGCUAAAAACUAUUAAAAAAUUGUAAUGCAAUAAAUUAUUGGCACGCAGAGUCACGUUAAAAGUUCACACGGUAUCAUAACACAUCCGUACCAAACUUUUUACGUUACUCUUUGGUUGCAAAUAUUUUAUUAUAUUAUAUUUUUUAGCAUUUUUAGCAUCAUUUUUUUAUUUGUAUUUUAUAUUCGUAUACCAUUUUUUCUCUCAGUUGACUGGAUAGUGAAGUUAAACAAACGUUGAAGCAUCGUCAUGGUCAUAUGGUCAUUAUGGUUUAAAGUUUCCGACAUUUUAUUACAAUGUUUUCUUGCUAAAUUAUCAAGUCUACGAAAAACAAGCUCUAACUUUUACUAGUUGAACUCGAGUAUCUAUCGCUACUGAAGGUGAAGUAGCCUUGAUUGAAACAACAAAUUUGGUAGUUUUGCCCACUGUGCUCCUCAAAGAACUUAUACGUUGGAACCGGUACCCAAAUGUGUGGCCAGUUUGGUAAUAGUUUGCGACUGUGAUGGGAGUAAAGGCCAAGAAUUUUUUAAUCAAAAGGAUUUGGCAGCUUGACUGCCGCUUUCGAGUAAAAAAUUAAUAGUUGUUUGCCCCGUUCUCAUUCAACUAUACUAUAAAUCGUGGUAAGCUCUCCUUUUCCGUGAAUUAAAAGACGUUGAGAAAGCAAAGUAAAUGCUGUGGUCUCUUAAAAUGCUUUCUCAAGGAACAUGAAUGGGACCUGGAUCACAAGUUAUUAUCAGUGGCUGGUCAAUGGGAACCUCAAAGCGGGGUCGAGGAGAGGGGCUCAGAGAGUCUUGGUCCCGCCAUUUGUGCGGAAAAAGGGCCCGCAAAGUCGAACAAUUCUCACGGUCAGCUACCUACUCUGUCGACCAGGCCCCUUCGUCGUUUACUCCGGGCCCCUAUCUUACCCAAUAAACCUGGAUCAACCUCGCCAGUGAUGGAUUGCACGAUCCAGUGGGGAUUCAGAGAAAAACACAAUUUGUUCAAUCCAUCAAAGUCUGUAAACAUCGGUAAACAAUAAUAGAACUACCCUGUGUAAACAAAAAAAAGGUCUCAACAAAAUAGAAAGGUGUUAACAACAUAUCUCCAGCUAAUAAUAGUGUCUUGCUUUUUAACCUGAUGUCUACAUUACAAUGUGAUGAAAAGGACAUACCAGGUUUGAUAGCGAAAAACAAAAUAAAUUUCCGCUCAGUCUGUUGAUCUGAUCACUGUUUGAAGAAGCAAAAUCUACGGGAUUAAAUUUCUUCAAUUUGUUAUAAAUCACCAGGGAAGUCGCUAACACUAAGUGCGGAAGCCUGAAUUACAGUCGUAAAUCGUUAUUAGCAUGAAAAAGAACAGUCUUUGAGCUUACAAGAAUACAAACACAGCUUGGAAGCAAUGAUGUGAAUGUAUUGUGAUGCACUGUGUUUGCGCGAAUCAGCUCAACUUGAACUACUACUAACCACAAAGGUGGUACUUUUCGUAGACGGAAAUGACCUUUUUGAGCUGACCGAAAAAUUUUGAAAGCACCAGAACGAAGGUUGUUCAAUUAAUCAAAAAAGUUAGUAAUUGGUAUGCCUCACACGACAUAAAUUGCCGUAUUUAUUCAAAAUAUAGAAAUGCAUUUUAUGGAAAACAAUUAACACGCGUAUGCGACACUCACAACAAGAAAUAGAU